AUGGCAACCGCUGAACUGCCCGUCAAGGGCCAGUAUCCCGAGCUUGAUGCCGAGACGCGAGUCCCCAUUCUCGUCGGCAUUUCCAUAGCCUUUGCGCUAGCUUCAACCAUCGCCGUCUUGCUGAGGCUCUAUACCCGUACCUUCAUUCUCAGGACGCUAGGUUGGGAUGAUGCGACCAUUGCUUUUGCUCAGGUUUUGUCUAUCGGAGUGUCCAUCAUCACUAUUCUUCAGGCCAAGUAUGCUCUCGGCAUCCACGUAUGGAUGACCACUGAAGAUGGCAGCAUGGAUCAGCUCAAGGCUCUCUUCGCCGGCAUGGUUAUCUAUAACCUGUCGCAAAUCGUCACCAAAAUCUCCUUCCUCCUCCAAUACCGCCGCAUCUUCGAGGGCCGGACCCGCGUCGUCUCCCUCAUCCUUCUCAUCUUUCUCGCUGCUUGGGGCGUUACCCAAGAGGUUCUCGUCGGCAUGUCGUGCAUACCCGUGGCCAUCUUCAUCCCCAGCCAGGCGGACAAGUGCAUCGACGCUCUGACUGUGUGGUACUUAACGUCCAUCAUGAACAUCGUCACCGACUUCAUGGUCUUCGCCACUCCCAUGCCCGCCGUCCGGAAGCUGCGCUUGAAGAGGAAGAAGAAGUUGAUGGUUCUCUCCAUCUUUGGUCUCGGUUUCUUCACCUGCGUCAUCUCCAUCGUGCGCCUCUUCACCCUCCGCAGCGCCAUCAAUACCCAGGACCCGACCUGGGAUAACGUCCCUACCUCGUACCUCACCGUCGUGGAACUCAACUGCGGUAUCCUCUGCGCCUGCCUGCCCACCCUCAGGCCCCUCAUCCGCAAGCUGUUCCCCCGCCUUCUCGCCAACGAGGAGACCAACAACACCCCCAACAAAGCGCGCAGCAAGCCCGCCGACAUCUACACCCUCACCGAAAUCACGCACUCGGGGAGCGCCGAGGCCCUCAAGGAGAACGCUGCCACCUACGAGGGCAGCGAGUACGCUAACUAUCCCGGCAAGAAUACGCGCCUCACCACAUCUAUCUACGGCCGGAAAAGCGGAGCCCAGCCCAACAGGGGCCAUGGACAGGCUAUCGAGGUUACGACUGAGAUUGGCAUGGAGGAGUCUACCAAGUCGGUCAACUCUUCGAUCCGACAUCACACCUAA